GCUUUUCCUGUCCCAGUGAGGAACUUGCGUCUUGCUCUCACGGCGCCCUGUGCGACGUCAUCGGCUUGCUGACCUUCAUGGGGCGCGCUGAGCGGAUGAAAAAGGGGUCAGAGUUGAUGGAGUAUCGCUGGCUGCGGUUGCAGGACGGGCGGAGCUCUCGGCCAAUCUGGAUCCAGCUUUUCUCCACCUCUCAGCCGCAGGUGCACCGCGGGCUCCACCCAUUGUUGGUGUUGAUGUGUUCUCGUCUGAAGGUGGUCCAGACGGCAGAAGGACUCUUGUACCUGACCAACACGGCAUACACGCAAUUGCACCGCUCAGGUAACAGCCAGCUGCCGGCGAUCCAGCGGUUCUUCGACUGGUUCCGGCAGCAGGACGAGAGACGCCUGUUGCGCUCGGCUCUGAUUGGCGGAUUCUUCGUGUACCCGCCCCCUCCCGUCUCCUUGGAAGCGUACAUGAGACACAGGCAAGGUCUGCUGACUGACGUCACCGUGCUUGAUAAGGCAUUUGA